CUGAAAACAAAUCACUACAUUAUGUAUACCUGGGUAACAGCAUGUGUCACAGUGCAUUAUACUUGACUCUGAUUGUGUUACAAAGUACAGAGUAAGAACUAUAGCUUGGUUUCAGUUAAUUCAUAAAUACAUCACUUUUACAGGUAUUUUACUUCUUUAUAUAAAGUUAAAUACUCAAAUAAAAGUUUUUGCUUAAUACUCUAAAACUAACUGAUUUAACUGGUAAGUUGUAGCUUGUUCCCACAAAAUACUUGGCCGUAGUUUAACUCUGUAGGAUGUUUAAGAUGUUGGUCCCAUUCUAAGAGGAUCAAAACCUCCUAUGAACGUGUGCCACAGGAUCUCAGACAGUUUGUCAUUCUUUUGUUCAGACACACAGCACAUCACUAUGAUGAAACUCAUAAGACAAGAGAUCGAAAGUGCCAUUGAGGAACUGGAGUUGGAAGAGAUGAAUUUUAUGCUCGAGAGUGUCAUAAACGACCUGUGUAAUGAAACAACUAAUCCUUCACCUCCACCUGUUUUGUCUGCUGAGCCACCCGCCUCCCCUCAGCCAGCAGCAGACAGUGCCAUUGAGGAACUGGAGUUGGAAGAGAUGAAUUUUAUGCUGGAGAGUCUCAUAAACGACCUGUGCGGUGAAACAGCCAAUCCUUCACCUCCACCUGCUUUGCCUGCUGUGCCACCCGCCUCCCCUCAGCCAGCUGCAGAGAGUCCUCCUGCAAUUGUGCAACAAUUUCCCCCAAUUACUGCUCCCCCCACCACAGUGCCAGCUCACCUCUAUAGUCAGCCGGUGACAGGUAGCCAGGAACAGAACCUGCUAUAUCAUUGGCCUGUGACCAGCAUUCCCAUAGCAGCCACUGCUCCUCCUGCUGCUCCUGUUCUCCCUGCUGCUCCUUCUCUCCCUGCUGCUCCUGCAAACCCAAAUAACAACAUACUGCAGAUUCCAGACAGCAUGUUGCCAUACCUGCGUCCUGUCAGUGUAUUGAACGGUGUGUUGGUGUGCGACUUCAUUCCACCCUGUCCUGCAGUCAACACACCCACUCCAAAAAAGAGGAAGCGUCAGGACGAGCAGGAAGAGCAGCAUAUCAAGAAGCCACCAAACGCAUUCAUGAUUUUUCUGAAGGAGCAGAGGGCAAAGGUUAAAGCAGAUAUGAACAUCAGUGGGAAUGCCACCCUUAAUGCAGUCAUGGGAGAGAGGUGGAAAUCGCUGUCGUCGGACCAGCAGGCAAAGUACUAUGAGCAGGCUGAUCAAGAGAGAAGGCUCCAUGCCCAAAAAUACCCAGACUGGUCUGCCAAAGUUAACUACGGCAAAAAGAGGAGGGGAAGGCGCAGCUCCACCUGCAGCUCAGUGUCUGCAUCUGAACCGGGAGCCAUUCGACCCCUUUAAACCAUUGCCACUGCAGUGCUGUCACUUCUGUCUGAUCCCUUAGUCUACUUGAUGUAUAAUUUUCUGCUGCUCCUGCUCUCCCUGCUGCUCCUGCCCAUUAUUUCCCCCCUCAGACCCCUGCAGACCUGUCCCCAUUCACCUCUAUCCACUUCUAUCCUCUAUCCAUUUCUUAACUGAAUGUUUAAACUUUAUUCAAUUUAGUUUAGCUUUUUUACUUUUUAUUUGUUAAUUUUUAUGAACUUUUGAAUUUUUUACUUGUUAAGUUUUCUUUUCUUUAA